AUGCCAUCGCCGGGGAGGGUCGGUAGGGGGAGCCGCUCCCGGGGAAGGGCGGGGACCCAGCGCCCGGCGGCCGCUCACCUGUUCCAGCCGCCGCAGCCUCGACGUUCACACGCCGCGCGCCCGCUCGACCCUCCCCUCCCCGCCUCCCUCCUCCGAGCGCACGUCGCCGCAGGGAGAGCUUCCCGCUCCACCACGCCCCGGGCGUCUCUUCUCCACUCGCCCUUCUCCGCGGGCGCCCACACCGCACCUUGGCGUGGUCUGUGGAAAAGCGGAGGUACAGAUUGUAAAACUUGUUCUGGUCCUGUAGCUAAUAAACGGCAGAGUCAGGAUACAAACCCAGCUCUGCGUAUCUGGCUCCUGAGCAGUAAGGCUGACCCUCAAAGAGUCCUUACAGGUCUAAAAGAUGAGGAUUCUGUGGCCUGCUGUUUAAGCAUUGCACCGUCAUAUCACUGUAGCUCAAAGAUAUGGAAGACCAGUAUAUCCAACUGGGCACAGAUGGAAAAAUAUCCCUAUCCCAACUUCACAAUGAAACCAAAGUUUUGGUGCUUGACACCUGCAGCAGCUGAUAGGUUUUGUCAUCUUUACUAUUUUUGUGUAUGUUACUUCGGUAGUCUACCAUUUCUUCUGCUCUGGAACUGUACAGUGCUCCUUUGAACUCCUGACUCCAGGCUCUUUGAGAAAGAAGCAUAAUGGUGGAAAUUAAAGUUCUCUAAUGGGACCAAGUGGUAGAACAGGAUUUCUUACCUUUCCAGUCUGUCCUGGAAGGACCACCAAGGUGCUCCAAAUCCUCUAAAGAGGCAUCCAAGGGCUAUUCUGAACCAAACAGAGAAAGUGGAACAACCUUGAGUUGCAGGAAGUAAAAGUUCUGGAGGCUGGAAAUUACAAGAUCAAGACACCAGCAGAUCCAGUAUCUGAUGAGGACCCAUCUCCUCGUUCACAGAUGGCAUCUUUUCACUGCGUUCUCACAAGUGAUCCAUUGAAAAGGCAUUUCAGGAUUUUAUUGCAGAAUACAAAAAGAAAACACAAGAACAACAACAAAAAAUUGUUCUAUUUGUAUCACGGUCUGCUCCAUGACUCAAGGUGAGGAAAACAAUGUAAGAUCCAAAAUGUUCAGUAACUUUCCUCAGGAUAAAAGCUAGAAUAAGUUUUUGGCCGUGCGGAAUGUAGGAUCCUAGUUCCCCAACCAGGGAUCGAACCUGCGCCCCCUGCAUUGGAAGCAUGGAGUCUUAACCACUGGACCACCAGGGAAGUCCCUCAAAGACCUUAAUAGUGUUUUUGUUUUGAGUUUGUUAUACCCCGGUAGUUCUACUUUACCGUGGGCUAAAGUGAAAAAAA